CCCUGCCGCCGGGACCGCGCCCGCUCCCGUGAAGGCAUCGCCGGCGGCUCGGCCCUGCCCGGUGACGGUGACCCGGACCGAUUUAGCUGCAGAGCCCGGGUGGGAUUCCCCGCCUCGCGCGCGCUCCCCCGCACCCCGGCCUUGCUCCCCACCCCGCGCCCGCAGCCUCCAUGACGGUGGACAGCAGCAUGAGUAGCGGGUACUGCAGUCUGGAGGAGGAGCUGGAAGAUUGCUUCUUCACCGCCAAGACCACCUUUUUCAGGAACGCGCAGGGCAGAUCUCCAAAGAAUGUCUGCCCGCCGGUGGAGGAGACUCAGCGCCCGCCCACGCUGCAGGAGAUCAAGCAGAAGAUUGACAGCUACAAUAGCCGGGAGAAGAACUGCCUGGGCAUGAAGCUGAGCGAAGAUGGCACCUACACAGGUUUCAUCAAAGUGCAUUUGAAACUUCGACGGCCAGUGACGGUGCCUGCCGGCAUCGGACCCCAGUCCAUCUACGACGCCAUCAAGGAAGUGAACUUGGCAGCCACUACGGACAAACGGACAUCCUUCUAUCUGCCACUGGAUGCCAUCAAGCAGCUGCAUAUCAGCAGCACCACGACAGUCAGCGAGGUCAUCCAGGGGCUGCUCAAGAAGUUCAUGGUGGUGGACAAUCCCCAGAAGUUUGCACUUUUUAAGCGGAUCCACAAGGAUGGUCAAGUACUCUUCCAGAAGCUCUCCAUUGCCGACUGCCCCCUCUACCUGCGCCUGCUUGCCGGGCCCGACACUGAUGUCCUCAGUUUUGUGCUAAAGGAAAAUGAAACUGGAGAGGUUGAGUGGGAUGCCUUCUCCAUCCCUGAGCUCCAGAACUUCCUAACAAUCUUGGAAAAGGAGGAGCAGGACAAAAUCCAGCAAGUACAGAAGAAGUAUGACAAGUUCAGACAGAAACUGGAGGAGGCCUUAAGAGAAUCCCAGGGCAAACCUGGGUAACCAGUCUUGCUUCCUCUCCUCCCUGUACCCCCCCUCCCAGAUUUAUUUUUAUUAUUAAUUAUUAUUUUGCAACAGACACUUUUCUCAGGACACCUCUGGUGGGUACAUUUGUGCCUGCCCAGCAGUUCCAGAUGUGGCACGAAGUUGCUUCCGUGGACAAGCGUUUGUGUAGGGGCUGAUCCUCACCCACCCCUCAAUGCCCCUCUGCCAGUGAUCAGUACGUGUGUGAAAUACACAGUGUCCAUCAUCUCCUCUCCAUCUGCAAGCCUUCGACAAACCAAAUAGUGGCCUCUCUGGUCACCAAACUGGAAUCUUAGCACACCAGUCGGUGAAAGACAAAAGGAAAGGAAAAAAGGGUUCGGAACUCUGUGUUCUUCCUCUGGCUUCGAUUCUUCAGUUUCUCUUUAUUUGCCACCACCAGUACCUUUAUUUAUGAGUCAGACAUUGUAGCAUAUCUCUUUAGUAAUAUCUGAGCUGAGCCUCUAAAAGUAGGAUGAGGCUUGUAAAAGAGCUGUCCCCUUCCCUGUAGUGCCAACGAGUCACACUUCAGGGAAAUGGGUCCGGUCACUGGUCUGGGAUGCUCAGGGGGGUCGGGUGGGGGGACCAAAGGUGAGGUUGGCUCAGAGAUUUCCAGAGAAGCCACAGGCUGCUCUGGCCCCGGCCCAGGCCCUGACGCCGGAAGAGACUGUGCAUAUGUAAAUCCAAAGGCAUUCACCUGCGCAUGUGUGGUACUGAGUCACAUCAUUGCCAAUAGCAGUUCGUGUUUAAGUUACAAAUCUAAAUUCUAUAGUCAUCAUCCUCAUGUGUUCCCACCAAAGGGAAAUCAGCCAUUCACCAUUAAAAGUCUCCUGUGGAACCAAGAAGUCAGGCAGUUAAGAAGCAGCCAAAACAGCACCGCAGGGAAACCUGUCCAGGCUGUCCUCAGAGAGUGGAAGCGUGCGCCGCCCUGGUCUCCCCGUGACCUCCGGCACUGCCUUUCUUCUCCCACAGGGAUGCUGGGAUCUUCAGGUGCUGCCCAAGGAGUGGCCUUCAUUACAGAGGAUCCUCCAACUUGGCCAGCUUGGAGCCCUUUCUGUUGAGUGAGGCCUACCCGCCCCGGCCUCCACAUUGACCUCAGUGCCUUUUUGUUUACACAGAGAAAGAAGAGACAGAGCAGGGUUUGGGUGCUUGAAGUUCUGCUACUGGCUUAUUCCUGCCAGGAAGCGGCCAGUGGCUCUCUGGGAGCCCUCACUCCACUUCUUCCCAUCUAGGUUCCCGGGCUAGGACUUCCCAGAAGUAUUAUCAGACACCCAUGCACAGGAAGGACCCGACUCUUGACUCUGGACAUAAAAUUCGAACUUAAAUUAGCCAGACAAUUCCAGCAAGUAGCCAGGACUGCAAAGACACUCCAUUUUGGACAGAGAAGGACUUGUCAUUUUCAAAGCAGGGCCGGUGUUCCAAUCCAGCCUCCAGAGACCAUUGCUUUGCUGUCCUUUACCUUCCCAGGGCCACCCUGGGGACCUGGAGCCCAAGCUUCUUCAUGUAGCUUUAGAAGUUCCCUCCCUCUCCCAGGCUGAGUCCCCUCUGCUCCUCCUGAUCCCAGAGGAAUGCUGAUCCCUCAUCACCCAAACUGUGCUGUCUUCAGAGCUACAAAAGCAACCCAAGCUAGCAACUCUAAAGGAUGAUACAAGCCACAGCCCCCUGCUUACCUGCCAUCUCUUUCUCAGCCUUAGCACUUCCCUCCCUGAAGGACGCCCCUCUGUGUCCCCGCUGCUGUGUGUGGCCGGGAGCUGCUGGCCUUCACCCUUGUUCUGCAUGUCUAACCCAAGAAGGCAUGGCUCCGCACCCCCGCUGCCAGUGCUGCUGAGGGCUUCCCCGCACAGGGAUAGCUAGUUUAUUUUUUUGGAAGAAAGUCGUGUACAUAUCUAUCUAUAUAUAUAUAUAUACAUAGAAGCAUAUAGCUAUAUAUAAAGAGAGAAAUAAAACGUGUUUAUGAAAUAAGAAAAUUAUGGGAAAAAUGCAGACGUUAAAGCACAGUUAGACCCAGGACCUAGGCCGAGGUCUGAGCCUCUGGGAAGUAAGUGUAGAAUUCCCUCCCAGGGGUGGGCAUAACUGCUGGUAGUGCCUUCCUUGGUUGUGUUGCUGUGUGUGUGUGUAUGUGUGUGUGUGUGUGUGUGUGUGGAUAUAUUUUG